AAAGGCAAUUGUUGGUGCUGGAGCCACAGCCUGGGGAGCCCAGAGUAUGCCAGGAUACACAGCAGCAGGAGAUGGAGCCAGCUGAGGUACUGGCCACGAUACAGGCACUGCAGCGGGACCUGGACUUCUGCAGGGAUGUGAACCGCAAGCGACUGGCCCAGCUGCAGCAGCAGGAGUGUGAAAUGGAGCAGGAGCACCAGGACUUGGUCUCUCUGAUGCAGCAGUGCCAGGUGCUGAUAGACAAGGUCAGUGAUGCAUCUCUCCACCUGAAGGACCAAGCGGUGCAGACAGAGGUCACCUCCAACGUGGCUGCUCACAGCCAUUCUGUCACCAGCCACAAUAUCCCAGUGGAGAGCAGAAAGCUGCUCGAGCAGGAGAACCAGGGCCCGCAGUACAGCCCAGCUCAGCUGCAGGAGCAGUUGGGAGCCACCGAGGCCCAGAAGCAGCAGAGUCUGCACCAGCUGAGUGGAGCUGAGGAGACCAUCCAAGGCCCACACCAAGAAGUGGUAGAGCUGCAGCAACAGCUUUGCGGGCAGGUGCAGGGCACAGCCAACCUGCAGGAAGAACUGGCCCGAGCCCGGCGAGAGAGCACCAAGCAGGAGAAAAAGAGCGCAGUCCAUAAGACACAACAGCAGCAGCUCCAUCAGGGGCUGAGGAAGAGUUCUCAGCAGCAGAGCAAGCCGGAGGAGAGGCUGCAGGACCUGAGCAGACAAGCCCAACACUGGCAGCAGCUACAUGUGGACAGUGAGAGAGCUCUGGCUCUGCGAGAAGAGGAGCUGGUUGUCUGCAAGGUGGAGCUGGCUUUCCUUAUGGAAGAGCUCAGCAAGGUGACAGAGCAGGUGGAGGAUACAAACAGGCAUUCAAGACACACCAGGCAGGAUGCAGGAGAACCCACACCUCACAGUCAGAACACCUGAGCAGCCCCACAAGUGUCAGCAGCUGAAAAAGUUCUACAGGGCAACAACCUGACAGCACCAACCUUGCACAAUUCUGCAGAGCUGCCUCCACCCAAUACUUGUCUCUGGGACAAGAAGCAGCACAAAAGAAAGCAAGGAUUAAGACUGACAACCUUUAAACAAAUAAAAUUCUUUCUGUUC